AUGACAAGGCAGCCUCUCAUCAUCUACUCGUCCAUCGGCGGCGCCAUCUGCUGCGUGCUCCUCGGUAGCCAGCUCCAGCUAGACUGGGGCCCAGGCUGGCUGACCGCGCUCGUGCUGUAUGUCUUCUGCGCCGUCUACAGCUUCGGCGGCGGCACUGUGCCUUUCGUGCUGAUCGCGGAAGUGUUUUUGCCCGAGGUAAAGAGCUUCAUGACGAUGCUAGUCGUGGAGUGGUUCUGGCUCUGUUCCUUCUUAAGCCUGAUCAUCUUCAACCCUCUCAUGAUACUCCUGGGCCUUGGAGGAGUGUUCUACGUGUUCGCUGCAGUCUGCGUGGUCACUGCAGUAAUGUCGGCGAUGUACGUUCCGGAGACGAAGAGACUGACACUGGAGGCUGUACAGCUGAUGCUGGCAGAGAGGAGGAACUUUUAAGAAUAAGAAUAAGAAAAGAGUAAGAAGAGAAUAAGAAAAGAGGAAGAAAAGAAUAAGAA